AUGUGGCAGGCUCUCUUUGUCCAGUACGAGACCGAAAUCAAACUGUUCCUUGUCGAGCCGCCUACUAUCAGCAUCAUGCAGUCGAAAGUCAUCCUGGAAAAGUUAGGUGAUUUGUCUAAAGCUUUUCUUUAUGGAAUCAAAUUACCUCGCGACAGGGUUGCAAGCUGGACUUCUGCUGCUCAAGGCUUUAAGCAGGAGAACAAGAAUAACAUCAAGGACCAUCUCGACAGAGCAUUGCAAUUGAUUCCCCACUUUGAUGGGUUUCUUCAAAUGCGAGCGAACUUUGGCACUUUCAUGUUAGAGGAAUGGCGGAAGCCAGUGACCGGGAAUACUUAUUCAUUCGAAGAGUUCCGCAACAUGCUGAGGCUUCAGAAUGUGCGAGGACGUCUGCUCCCAGGAAUUCGUUUACCACAGGAGGAGAUGCUCGAGAGAAUCAUGACGGCAAAGGGCUUGCUUGUACCGUGGGGGGCUGAACGGCUGAGCUCAUUGAUGAAGAUCAAGCCCAAGCACUCCGCUAACUUUGAAUAUCAGGUGAGAGGAGAUUCAAUCAUUCGGGUUGAAGUGGAGUUCUCGGUCCCGCCUGGAUCUGGAGAGUUUGAGACCAAUGGGAUUCGGUGCUUCAAACCGCGCAAGAUCGGCACGCAGGGGGAUCUGAAAAUGCCAAUGCAGAUUGGAAUGAUUGAUUUUGAAAGAUCAGACUGGCAAUUCGAGGUCAAAGCAUUGGCGCUUUGUCAAGAAAACGAUUACACAAUUGAGCUGAACAAAUUCACACGCUCGAUCAAGUACAAUUGGAAUUCAAGUGUCAAAAGCAUCGGAUCUGAGCCUAUGCGGAAAGCCAACUUCUCUCCAGGUGCACCCGUCACUCGAUUUGUUGAAAAGUCCGCGAUUCAGUUGAAGGUUAUUGGCACCCCGUACGUGUUCGAACUCUCCCGGUUUGACGAAUAUGUGCGCAUGAAUCGUCAGUGGCCAAAAAGCCCUAAAGUGACAUGGGGCGGGUCACUUUUCAACCCUGAAUGGGAUGACAUCCUCGGUGCACAGGCAAAGCUCAACCUUGCGGAGACCCAAAAUGACCGAUGUCUUUCCGCAUUCUUUCCAGCGUCACCAGAGGCCAUCAGAGACGCCAAGAAAGGCAUGGAUCAGGAAGAGGCUGACGAGAAGCACGAAGACAUAUGCAGACAAAAAGAGAUUGAGGAAUUGAAGAACUUCAUGAGCAAAAUUCAAACAAUCGCCCGAUUGAUGGGGUCGCCUGACUUUGAGAUGGUCGAUGUUCUCGAGACGGACGUUGGGAUCUUGUUUUAA